GUUAGAUAUUUCUCUUCCAGGUUAAUAGGUGGCGCACUGUGGAAAUCAACUUUCUCAAGUUUGUAGGUUUUCAUUUUUGGGGGGGGAGAUUGAUAACUAUCAAUUUCAUUGCCUGUUUGGCAGUCCUGUUUGCGCUAACGAAGUUGAAUAUAGUGGCGCCAUUAUAAGCUUGCUCAAAGACGCCGAAUUUGAAGACUUUUGUGUAUUCUGAAGAAGUAUGGCUUCUCUUGGUGGCCAGCUUUGCUCUGGAAUCCAUUCAUUGUCCUGCCAGGGUCGAGCGAACACAAAACUUCACCCCAUCGUCGUGAAAUCUCGCAAGUGUGAAGUUGCGAGAGCUAGUUAUGAUGCUCAGGUACAAACCUCACGGCGAGAGGCGAUUACUAGACUAGCUAUUGCGUCAGGAGCUGCACUUCUGAGCUUGGUAGCGGCGACAGAUGCUGCGCAUGCUGCAGCGGGGGAGAUAGAAACUGCUGAAGAAGCCGCUAGCAAUCCUCUUAUUCAGAAACUUCUGGAGACAUCUCGAGCAAACAAGGCUGUCAAUGACGCAGCGAGGCUGGAAGACUACUACCGGCGCAACUUCACAGAAUACUUUCAGUUUGUGGAGGGUUCCGUGAGGAACAAGAAAGAGCUGACUCCGGCUGAAAAAGCUAUUGUGGAGUGGCUUGCGAAGAACAAAUGAACAUUUUCGCAAAUUCCCAUACCCGUGUAGAAAGAUGUUUUCUUUUCCCAUUCAUCAUGAUUAAUCUGCUCUCAUAGUGUAAUUCUGCAAUUUGCAAUCGACACCAGUAUUUGCUCUCUUGAACUCAUUACUUUGUCUUUGUUAUAACGCCGACUUGAUGAAUAUGUAUUCUACUGCGUACACAAUGCGCAGUUUGAAUUUGGUGUGUUCACCGAU